CUAAGAACCAGCUUAAGGUACUGAGUUAAAAAUAUGGGUAGAAGAUAUUACUGUGAUUUUUGUGACAAAUCAUUUGCAGAUAACCCUACACAUCGUAAAAACCAUCUAAAGGGUGUUCAGCAUCAACGGAACAGAAAGGCACACUAUGAUUCGUUUAGAAAUCCAGAAAUAGUUCUUCAAGAUGAGCUGUCAAAACGACCAUGCAAGAACUUUCUAAGCACAGGGAUGUGUAACUUUAUGGACAAUUGUAAGUUCUCACACCUAACUGAUGAAAGAAAAGCAGAUCUUGAGAGAAUAGUCAAAGAAAAACAAAAAGUCCGAGAAGAUAAAACAAGGGCAUUAGAGGACAAAGACCCAGAGAAGACACUGUCCGAAUGGUUAUCGAAGCGUUCAAAGACAGAUGAUCAGGAUGUGAAUGAAGUCGGCAUCGUGAGUGAGGCUCCUCUUCUUCCAGUGUAUGAAAUUCCUCCUCAUGUAGCUCAGCUCCAGAACCCCCCACCGUCUGUGCUACCCCCUCCCCCAGAUGUUCUCAGAGGACUGUCUUUUGUGGACUGGGGUUGAGUCAGCCUUUGAGAAUUGUGUUCAUUUCAGUGAAAUAGCAAAUUUAGUGAUAGCACAGUGAUAAACUUACUUCUGUGUAUCCGGGGGAAAAAAAACCCUGAUAUGUGAAACAAGUACAGUAAUACUAGAUGUUGCAAUACUGUAAAUUCCUUAUAUUACGCGAGUACUUAAUUCUGAGAUCCUGCUGGUUUGUAUUAAAUCGCGAGAGUAUAAAAUCGCGAACGUUGAACAUUUCUCAUUAUUUCGUAUAGUUUUCAACUCUCAGAAAAUAAUGGCGAGAUUUUAAAAUCCGCGAAGGAUGCUUCUCGCGAUUUUACGCGGAUAUUAAUUCCUCGCGUUUAAUUAGGAAUUUACAGUAUGUUUGCAAUGUCUAUACUUUUUUUCAUACAUACAAGUAUGAAUAAUUUGAAAUUCAUUGUCAGUGAAUCUCUCAGUUUUGAAACUGUGAUAUAUAAGCAGUAUGAUAGGUUGGACAGUUUACCACAAUUCAUGUCAUGUUUAACUUCUUAUAUGUGGUUGGAAUUGAAUUCCAAAAUAUUUGAAAUAAAGAAGAUAAAAUUC